UAAAUGCAAUGAGCCAUCUCGUUAUAAAAAUGUUCGAUAAAGCUUGAGAAAACGAUUGCACAUAAGUCCGAGAGACUGUUAUUACCUGCGUUUAUAAAACUUUUUUUAAUUAAACGUUUAGUUAGUAUGAAUUUGGAGUUCAAAGCAUCUGUGUGUAAAUGAGCAGUUCUUUUUAUACCCAGAUAAUCCAGAGAUAUUGAAAAGGGAAGCGAAACUUUUGAACGUCAUUGACUUUUGAGGCGCCACGCGUGGCAAGCAAGUGUAAGACAAACAAACAGACCAUGCAUUAUCUGGUUACGGAAAUGCUUUUCAUAAGUCUUUCAAAAUGACUCAAGCAAUGUAGUCGUUUCAUCUUCAACAUAUUUCUUCAUUUUUUGUGAAUAGAAGAAAUAAAAUUAAAAACAACCAUGGCACCAACGGUUUUCUUUGGAUGGACUUCACCAGAUCUACCAAAAGAACUGACCGUAGAUUGCUUUUUACCUACUGGCGUUUUGGUUCCUUUGCAAUGUCUUGUUUCUGAAACCCUGGCGGAAAUUAAAGCAAAACUUUUUAAAAGUGCACACAAUUAUCCGCUCUUCAGUCGUCUCGAUGAAGCAUCGAACUAUUGUUUUCUUUGUAUCAACGAGAAAGGAAAACGCGAAACUUUGUUGGAUGAAACGCUGAAACUGACAGAUGUUCGGCCAUUUAGGCCUGUGUUGAAGCUACUAGAGAAACGAAAUGACGAGAAGGGUAACUGUGAACUUGAUGCGAAAAUAAAGUUUCUAAUGAGACAAACCCCUGCUGAACUGGAAGGCAAACAAAAUGAGGAGGUCGUUAACUUUAGAAAGGAAUAUUUAAAAAUAUCUUUAAAAGAAUCUCGAGAGAGACGAAAAUCCACAUGGGAGGACAGAGCAUUAUCUAUGUAUCCUUCAGAAAUUUCGUUUGAUCCUCUUCCUGACUAUGUAUUCGAUAAACUUCACAAUGAUAAAUAUAAUGUGAUUGUGUAUCUGCCCCCUGGAGAUGAUGUGGAAGAACUGGAAAUUCCACUUGGUAUCAAUCCUUGCGAUGUUGUCUAUGUAUUCAGGCAAAACUCAGAGGAGAGAAAAAGAGCUAUUGAGAGUGAUAAAGACUAUGUGCUGAAGAUAGUUGGCAAGGAUGAAUAUUUAUUGGGAAAUUACCACAUGGACAGCUUUCAGUACAUUCGGGAUUGCAUUGCAAAGCAAGUGAAGCCAGAAUUAUCAGUGGUUCCAAAAAGUUCCUUGAAAGUGGAAGAUUAUGCUCCUGCAUUUGCUGACCCAGUAUCUCCUCCUCCAAUUCCACCAAAAGUAAACUUGACUGUUUGGGAAAUUAAUGCUAACUUUAAGUUUAAGAUCAAAUCUGCAUCCAACAUCUCUGUUGAUUCAGGAACAGAGAUUGGAGUUCGGGCUGGAUUAUAUCAUGGAAGUACAAAAUUGUGUGAGGAAAGGUUUUCUCGGGAAAAGGAAGGUCCUUCACCAGAUUGGAAUGAGUAUCUUGAGUUUGAUAUUAACAUGUGUGACAUUCCACGAAUGGCCAAACUUUGUCUUGGAAUAUAUGCCAAGAGAAAAAGGGAUAGAAUACCUUUAGCCUGGGUAAACAUGACCUUAUUUGACUUUCGUAAUUAUCUACAACAAGGCAAAGUCAAACUUCAUGCCUAUCCUGUGAAAGACAAUCUUCAAGAUUUAAAUCCAAUUGGUACUGUGGUGUCAAAUAUCAAUACUAGCACAUCACCUUGUUUGAUCAUUGAAUUUACUCAAUAUGCAAGACCUGGUGCCAGUGUUGUUUAUCCACCAUUUGACAAGAUUCUUGAAAAGGCAUCCACUUUAGCUGGAAAUGAUUCAAACGAUAUACUUAGAGAGAAAGCUAACAUAGACUUGCAAUUACUUACAAAUCGCGAACCUCUUGCAAAGUACACUGAAGCAGAGAAACAACUAAUUUGGUUUUUUAGAUUUGAAUGCAGAGAUAAUUUUCCCAACUCCUUGCCCAAGGUUUUGUUGAGUAUCCACUGGAAUAAUCAUGAAGAUGUUGCAAGGAUGCAUGCACUAUUACAAAGCUGGCGAAUUUCACCUGAAGCAGCUUUGGAACUACUUGAUUUCAAGUAUCCAGACAUGGAAGUUAGACAUUUUGCAGUACAAUGGUUGGAAAAGCUUUCUGAUGGUCAGCUUCAUUUGUAUCUUCUUCAGUUGGUCCAAGUUCUAAAGUAUGAAGCAUACUUGGAUUGUGAUCUGGCCAAGUUUUUAUUACGAAGGGCUCUGUGGAAUAGAAAAAUUGGUCAUUCUUUGUUUUGGUUACUUAGGGCUGAAAUGCAUGUUCCAGAAGUUUCAGUGAGAUUUGGUUUGCUUCUUGAAGCUUACUGCAGAGGUUGUGUGGCACACAUGGCAUCAUUAUCAAAACAGGUGGAAGCCAUGAAUAAACUUAAAGCAAUCACUGAAUUGUUGCAAUGUCAAGCAUUAAAGAAGGAAAAAUGUCAGCAAACGAUGAGAGAGUGCCUUCUUCAGAUUACAUUUCAAGAAGCAUUUUCAAAUUUUCAUUCUGUGGUAGAUCCAUCAUGCAAGUUGAAAAGCUUAAGAGUUGAUAAGUGCAAAACAAUGGACUCUAAAAUGAGACCUCUAUGGAUGGUAUUUGAAAAUGAUGAUGAAAUGGGCCCUGAUACAACAUUGCUUUUUAAAAAUGGAGAUGAUCUUCGCCAAGAUAUGCUUACUUUGCAAAUGUUCAAGAUCAUGGAUACUCUAUGGCAAAGAGAAGGAUUGAAUUUAGAGAUGACUCCUUAUGCUGUAUUACCAACUGGCGAUAAGAUUGGUGUUAUAGAAGUUGUAACUGAUGCAAAAACGUUAGCAAAUAUUCAAAAAUCAGAGGGUGGUGUUGUGCGAGGUGCAUUCAAGAAAGAAGUCUUACUUGAUUGGUUAAAAAAGCAUAAUAAAUCCCCUGAUAUGCUUCGAGGUGCAGUUGAGUCAUUUACUAUGUCUUGUGCUGGUUACUGUGUUGCAACAUAUGUCUUGGGCGUUGGUGAUAGGCAUAGCGAUAACAUUAUGGUCAAAACAACUGGCCAACUUGUUCAUAUUGAUUUUGGACAUUUUCUGGGAAAUUUUAAAGUAAAGUUUGGUGUAAACAGGGAACGUGUACCUUUUAUUCUUUCACGAGAUUUUGUUUACGUUAUAACAAACGGCAAAAAAACAGAUGCUGACAAAUGUCAAGAGUUUUUACGAUUCAGAGAAAUAUGUGAGAAAGCCUAUUUAAUCCUGCGAAAACACAGUCAUUUGUUCAUUAAUCUCUUUACCAUGAUGCUUUCAACAGGCCUUCCUGAACUUCGAAGUGCUGCUGAUAUUCAGCAUCUUCAGAACACUUUAGGUUUAAAAAGUGAUGAAAAAGAUAUGUGUGAAGAAGAACUUGAGAAAGCUGCAUUGAAAAAAUUUAGAAAGAAUUUUGAUGAUGCUUAUAGGAACAGCACGAGCACCAGUUUGAAUUGGGCAAUCCACAAUUGGGCCAGACAAAGCUAAAUGAUUUUGGAGAAUAUGAGGUGAGGAUGUACCUAAAAAUUGCUUCAGUAAUCAAUGCAUCUGUUUUAUGGGUUGCAAUUUAACCUCUUGAAUAGUUUCUUAACAAAACAUUUUUGUGACUUAAUUUUGAUGUAAAUAAGUGUAAAUCUAUAUAUUAAUAUGCUAAUACUUAGUUAUACUAUUCUAAUCCAAGACAAUCAACAUUGGUAAAACAAUUUAAAAUUUCCCUAUUAUAUCGAUCAAAAUUGUGCUUAGUAGAUUCGAGAUGCAGCAAGUCUCCACAAAAACUAUGCACUUUAGUUGCUGUGUGAAAAAUUUCGGAUAUGGCUGUUUACAACAAUUAAAAUAUGUUGGAAUGUAAUAAAAAAACACAACUUUAUGUACCAAUAUUUGGGAAAUUUCUGUAAUAAGUAUGUUUAACACUUGUGUCAACAUUUUGCAUUACAGUUUUAGCCAGAAA